AGUCUGAGAUGCUCGAGUCACAGUUUACUCGCGCUCGUCAUUACCGUUAUCUGACAGUCAAAAUAGGCGCUGCGCUUCAAAACCGAACCGGACAAACGGGAAAACGCCUCCGCUCGAGACCGCCGCGACAAACCACUCUGCACAAUGGGAGCAUCCUCAUCCAGUCUGUUGGACGAGAGUAAAAUAAGCUACAUACGAGGCCGGACAGAGGCUGAGCUGAAGAACUUUAGUCCUCAUUACAGACGGCAAAGCUGUGUCGCCUUCUUUUGCCACCUGAAGGAUGAGGUGGAGCAGCACAGAGCAGGACAGGCCCAGCUCCUCAAACAGAAGGAGCCUCUGCAGGCCUCAGAGGUCCUGUACACGGACAACGUGCUUUACUUUGAUGACAACAGAAAGUGGAGAGAGAGAUUUGUUGUGGUCCGUGCCGACUAUAGCUUGGAGCUACAUGAUAACCAGGAGUCAUAUACAAAGGGAACCCCUGCCCGCCACAAACUCCUGCCAACAGGGGGCACCGUGUUGACCUUAGAGGAGAAAUACACUGCUUUCGUAGACAAGGCCUUUCCUGAUCCUAAUGGUUCUAAGGAAGAGCCCUCCGUUCCUGUGGUGGCAGUUCCCGCUCCAUUUCCUGUGUACCUGAGUCUACCUUACAGGCGAGACUCGUACUUCUGUUUCCAGCAGGAGGAGAAGCGUGCCUGCUUCGUCUCAAUCCUGAACGACUGCAUUCGACAUCAGAACCAAGAUUAUCUGAAGAGCAUGGAAUGUGAGGUGCAGGCUUUCCUAAAGGCCAUUCAUUUUUACAGGCAGGAGAAGGGUCACUAUGAAUCAUGGGAUAUGCUGGUGGGCACUGACUGUCAGGUGCUGGCUAACCUAGUGAUGGAGGAGCUGCUGCCAUCACUGCAGACCGAGCUGUUGCCCAAGCUGAAGGGAAAGAAGCCGGAGAGGAAGAGGGUGUGGUUUGUGACUGUGGAAGCGACGUACGAGCUUGUUCAUGAGCAACUGCGAGAAGGUUUGGAGAGUUUGAAGAACGAGUGCAGAGAAGCCACCAAACAGCAGGAGGCACUCAUUCGCUCAGACAUGGACCAGAUCAUCAACUCGCAAACAUUCCUGGAAACUAAACUGCAAGCUCUUGUAUCAGAGCCAGCCGUGAAAUACUGUUCAGAGAGCGUGGCUCCAUACCUGACCUCAAUCCUGGAGGAGCUGAUGGGUCCGAUCAGCGCAGGCUUCCAGGCCAUGAGGCUGCUGUUGGAGGACGAGCUGACCCGAAUCUGCAAGGAUUUCCCUCAGGGGGGAGUCACGGAUGAACUUCAGAGUGCUUUGCAGCAGCUGGGACGUGACCGGAUGGAGGACUGUUACCAGCACGUGAACGUCCUGAAGGAACAGCUCCAGGAACUCCACAACCGCUUCAAGUUCUCCAACUCGACACGAGUAGUUCACGGCACCCAGAGUCAAAUGCAGCAGUUGAUGGAGAAUGCCGUGCACACAUUUGAGCUCCUGCUUCAGUCUGCCUUAAAGGAUAAACCUGACAAACAGGCCUCAGUCACGGAGAAAGCCAAGCUCCGUGUUCUCAAGCAAUUUGACUAUGACAGCAGCACAAUAAGGAAGAAGAUUUUCCAGGAGGCCCUGGUUGACAUCACUCUGCCAGCCAUCAAGAGAAACCUGGCGCCUGCCUGCAAAACUGAGCUUCAGAAUUUCGAACAGUUCGUCUUUGCUGAUUACACAAACUUCGUUCAAGUGGAGAAUGUCUAUGAGAACAUACUGCUCAACCUUCUGAAUAAUGAAGUUAACAAAGUGGUGAAGGAGGCAGCCAGUCUGAAGAAGAACAACCUGUUUGCUGACAGUACUGACCUGCAGUGUGUUAGUCAAAGCAGCCUGGCUGACAGCCGCACGCCGCCCCUCUCUGCCCCCUCCAGCCCACCACGAAGACCAGCCUCUGUGACUCUCUCUCUACAAGCAGAGCAGAAGAUCACCUCUCGAUCAGGAGGAUCCGUCAGUGAAGACACCCCUCAGAUACAUGAUGCUUCAGUCAUUCCCACAGUGACGAUUACAGUGUCUUCUCCAGAAUCUGUGGAACCUGCAUCACCAUUACAUGUUUCUGAAACAACUCAACCAGAUGUCCCACCAACAUCACCCAUUCCAGAGGUCUCAGAGACUGACGUUUCCUCAACCAAACCAGAAACCACCUCCACUGCAGAAGAUUCAUCUGCUUCACAACCAGAGACACCUUCUAUGACAGCGAAGGAUGAAGUUACAGAGGGAUCGUCGGUUAGUACAGACCGAGCAGUCUAUCUCAACUCAACAGCUGAAGAAACUCUCGUUUCUCCCGUUAUCGCCUCUGAAACUCUACAUUUGGAAGCAGAUGAAGAAAGUGAAGGCGCAAGUCCUCCUAAAUCUGAAGUCGAAGAGGAAUGUGUCCAUGUUGUCCAACCUGACGUUAACACUGAAGUUCUCCCAGACGUAUGUGUUGAAGACAAUGCUGUGGAUAACAAGGCGUGUGAGGGAGCGCCUUCUAGUGAUGAGGAUAGAAACGAAACGCAAGAUGGUCCUGCCCUGGAUGCUUCUCCUCCUCUAGACUCAGUUCCAGAGGGUCCGGCAGGGGUCGCUGUUGUUUUAACAUCAGAGCCGGGGAACCAGAGCGGCGCUGAGAGCACGGAUUCACCGGAGGAGACCGCGGACAGUGUGCAGGCUAUCAGAGAUCUCAUCAUGGAGGUCAUCGAGGUGGAGGACACAGUGAGACCUUGUACUGAAAACAAGCCUUAA